UACGGGGUAAGAAAUUAGGCAAUGAGGUCCUGGUAGAGUCCUAGCCUCAAGUCCUGAACAUAUCAUCUCCAUAUAUUUUAGUGACUCCGAUGAGCAUGGGUGGCGGUGCUCUAAUGUCUCGAUUACAUCUCAACACCACCAGUAGCAGCACCAGCUGCUGCUGCUUGAAUUCUCUUCCUCUCAAUUCUAAGCAUCGCUUUUUUCCUGAAUUCGUGCAAAUAACUACCCACAAACAAACCUUCAGUUUAUCUGCUACAAGAUUUCCUAGAAAAUGGGGUAAAACUGUUUGUUUUGCUGUUGAUGAUUUGAAGGAAAAUGAUCAAGGUUCUACCAGUCUUGGUCUUACUUCAACUCUUGAAGAUAAACCCAAUGAACUUCAGAAUGUUGGCCAAGAAGUUGGACAGAGCUCUAUCUAUGAAUUUCUUUACCCUAGUAAAGAUGACCUACCUGAUGAUAAAGAGAUGAGUAUAUGGGAUCACCUCGAGGAGCUUCGACAAAGAAUAUUUGUGUCAGUUUUGGCUGUUGGGGCUGCUAUUUUGGGCUGUUUUGCUUUCUCUAAAGAUCUAGUUAUGAUCCUUGAAAACCCAGUUAAAGAGCAAGGUGUUCGUUUCCUGCAACUAGCUCCGGGGGAGUUCUUCUUCACUACAUUAAAGGUUUCAGGAUAUUGUGGUCUUCUUCUUGGGAGCCCUGUGAUCCUCUAUGAAAUUAUUGCAUUUGUGCUACCUGGUCUUACUAGGGCAGAAAGAAGAUUCCUGGGCCCUAUUGUUUUAGGAUCCUCUGUGCUUUUCUAUGCUGGUAUUACCUUCUCCUAUCUUGUUCUCACUCCGGCAGCAUUGAACUUCUUUGUAAAUUAUGCGGAAGGAGCUGUUGAAUCACUUUGGUCGAUUGAUCAAUAUUUCGAAUUUGUUCUUAUCCUGAUGUUCAGCACUGGCUUGUCUUUCCAGGUUCCAGUCAUACAACUUUUGCUGGGACAAACGGGUUUGGUUUCUGGAGAUCAAAUGCUGUCAAUUUGGAGAUAUGUUGUGGUAGGUGCUGUUGUCGCUGCUGCAGUGCUGACACCAUCAACUGAUCCAUUGACCCAAAUGCUUCUAGCAGGGCCACUUUUAGGGCUUUACCUUGGUGGCGCCUGGGCUGUGAAGGCCAUAGGGCGCUAGUUUUAACAAUAAGACAUUAAUGGCUUUUGCCAAUAGUUUGUUAUUAAUUUUGUAUAGUUUAUACACUCCAUGUAUCAUGAUUGUCCUUAGAUAUGAGAUGGAAAUCAUGGAUUAUUCUAUAAGACUUUUUUGGGCGAAAAAUUACAUGUCAUACUGACAUUCAAAUACCA